AUGCGCGUAUCGUAUCUUGCGUACCUCUCGGCCGCGGCAAUCGUCUGCCUCUGGGCCCGUGGCGACGCCUUUGCAGUAGAGUCUGCGAACACGUUGUCGUCUAUCGAGACUCCGCCCGCGCCGGCCCACCGCAAGCUUCAUGCAGCUGUCACCUUUGAAGAAACGCAAGGUCUGAGGGGAUCGAGCCCCCCGACGGGCAAGGAGUACGACAGCGAAGACGACGACGACGACAGCAGCAGUAUUGAAAGCACGGACAGCAGAGAAAGUAUCGACAGCAGUGACAUCGAGGGGAAGUGGGAGUUUCGGGAGAAAAAGGCGAGGGAAGCUGAAAAGGCGAAGGAGGCUGAAAAGGCGAAGGAGGAAGCCGCAAAGCCCAAGGAGCAGUCGGAUCCGACCGAUGGGCUUAAGGGUGGCCGGCCUUCCGACAAAUAG